GUGUACUGGGCUUGGUAGAAAUUAUGAAUGUUUGGCGUCGGGAUGAGCAAACCAUCCUCUCCCUGAUCCUUUCGCUGACAUCAGUACCUCGUUUCUAAUUGUGCAGAGUGUGAAGAUGGCAACUCCUCCAAACCCUACUGACGGGAACCCCCAAAAUCCAGUUCCGGAAGCUGUAAAGCCAGUGACCAAUGAUCAACAAGAUGCCGACAGAGGAGCUACCAAGGAACCAUCAAUAUUCGUCAACACAGAACCGAUACGAGAAGAACAAGUGCAGAAUGCUGUAAAGUUCCUUUCACACCCAAAGGUUAAAGGAUCUCCUGUUAUGUAUAGAAGAUCUUUUCUUGAGAGGAAAGGCCUUACAAAGGAGGAGAUAGAUGAAUCAUUUCGUCGUGUCCCUGAUGAAUCCCCUGGUGUUUCAACUACUCAACCAGCUGUUGUUAAUCAAGGUGUCCCUUCACAGCCUACCUCUAGUAUUCAACCACAAGCUCCAACUCAAUCUCUGCAACUGCAACCUGUAACUGCUCCCAGUUUGAGGAGUAGGUUUCAUUGGUCACAUGCUUUGCUUGCUGUUGGAGUUCUUGCUAUAUCAGGAGCUGGAACUGCUGUAGUUUUUAAGAAUGCUGUUGUUCCUAGAUUGAAAUCUUGGAUUCGUAAAGUUGUACAUGAAGAAGAUGAAAAAGAGGACCUUGACAAUGAAACAAACAGAAAGCCGACAUUAGCUGAAGAAGCAGCAGCUGCUGCAAAAGCUGCAGCUGCAGCAGCAUCUGACGUGGCACGUGCUAGCCAGGAGAUGUUGGCCUCAAAAACUGAAGAGAAGAAAUACUUUGGGGAACUUUUGAGUCUUUUGGAUGUGCAAGUCCAGGAAAUGAAGUCAAUGAGCAACUCAAUAAAGAAGUUAGAAGGACAAAAUAACAACAUCCAAGGGCGAGAGGUUCAAGUCACAAGCACAAGGCCACCUUACACAAAUGGCAGGACAGAUUACGACUCCCGGUCAGUUAGAUCCUUGUCACCACCACCUGCAUCUGUAGUAGAGCCCCCCUCUGCUACACCCUCCCACCCUAAAUCUUAUAUGGAGAUAAUGUCUAUGAUUCAAAGAGGCGAAAGGCCUCCCAACAUCCGAGAAAUCAAUGAUCAACCACCAAACCCUGAUCAACCUGUAUCAAAUCCUCGCUUGACACCAAAACCUAAGCCUUGGGAGUCACAGGCACAGGGUGGCGGCUCAAUCUAUGAAAAUAACAAUGGACUUAACGAGUACGGAGCGGGCCCCACAUCUGUCUAUCAGGCUAACGGGGAAGGUGGUGGGGCGCCAUGGUGGCAACAAAAGAAUGUGAAGAUUUCUGAAGUGGAAGGUGAAGAGAAUAAGGUGACUACUGGGUACAGUGAGCGACCUGUUCAGCGGUCUGCGUGGGUCCCACCUCAGGCGCCACCUGUAGCCAUGGCUGAGGCGGCAGCCGCCAUCAGACAACCGAAGAAAUCACCGUUUGAAAAGGAACAAGGACAGCAGUUGACGGAUGAACGGUUUCUGGCUAGGUCAACUGAGGUGACAGAUGAGUUGCAGAGGAUCACGAAAAUAUCUGAAUCGGGUGGUGUGGUGGUGGAAGAUGGUGGUGCAGGGGGGAGCAGCUCGGUGGUGAUGAAUACAAGUGAGAUACAGAGAGAGGAAGAAGGGUUGUAUUAUGAGGCUUGAACAUGUUUGAUUUGAAGGUAUUUGGUUUGAUACUUAGUGAUAUACUAAAGAUAAUUACAUUACAUAUUUUGAUAUGAUAUUAUUGAUGAAAAAAAUAAUGUGCUCUUGGAUACCAAAUAUGCCUCAUGAUUCGAAUUAUUCCGAUUUGAAUUAACUGUCACAACUUACCCUUGGAUUCAACUAGUGACAUUGAAAGUUGAUAUUCAAUUUGAUUACUUUUCCC